UCUAAUUCUGUUGAGCUAGAAAUCAUUUUUCCCUCAUCUCCAAAAACUCAUUGGAAAAUUUCCCCUGAGAUGUCCCUUUUUAACCUCAAAUUCAAUAUGUCAAGAAGAUUUCUGUAUGACCCAAACCUCAGAAUUAUCUGUUAUUUUCAUUUCCUUUUCUCUAUCAAAUUAUCUAUCAGUCUGCUUGUUUAUCAACCUGUCUUCCCCUAAGUAAAUAUCUACUGAGCUCCUUCUAUUCCACCGGCACUGUGCAAGGCUCUGGGUAUAUGAGGAGGGGGCAGAGCAGAUAUGGUCCCUGCCUCCUGGUGGCUGCUGGCUGACAGAGGAGACAGAUGUUACUUAAGUCGUCAUAGACACAAAUAAGGAGUCCCAACCAGGACAGGUGCCAAAAGGAGAAAUAAGCUCAUUUGUUGCCUUUUCAUGAUUACUCCUGAGUUUAUCUAUUCCUUAUUUUCCUUUCCCACAGCCACAUUUAUCCUCUCACAGCUAACUCUCUGCAAGAGACCUGCUCUUCUCUACCUCUCUUCUCUCCCUCUCAGCACAAUCUGAAUACUCAUCCUUGUCAACAGCCUCAGGCUGGCUGCCUCAUUCUUUGAAUUGCCUUUCUUAUCUGACCCACUCCCCAGUUACCUAUCCCAAUUCUACUACUCUUUAAGACCCAACAGCAGGUCAGUCCCCUCAGCCUCCUCUGCCUCUGCCAGAGCUCCGGUGCCACCUUGGGCCAGCGGUCCUCCGUCAGAGGGAGCGAGGCAGCGGGCGGCCGGCUGACGGGGGUGGCGGGGCCACCGGAGGUCCUGUGCCCUCGGGGGCGGCAUCUCCAUGUGGCUGGCCCGCGGCACACGUGCGCACUAAGGUGGACUGGCAAAUUCUGUUUAUCAGAACAUUUCCACUGCUACAUCGAGGGCACACGCAUCUUCAGCGGGAGUUGGAAUUCCAAGAAUUGCCUUUGUGAGAAACUGGCAAUAAUUUCUUUAAAUUCCAUCUCUUAGUUUUCCAUUUUGUUACGUUUUGGAGGAACUUCAAAAAACCAUGAACAACUUUAGUAAUGCAGAUUUAGACUGCCAUUUCCUCGAUGAAGGCUUUACUGCCAAGGAUAUUCUGGACCAAAAAAUUAAUGAAGUUCUGUCUUCUGAUGAUAAGGAUGCCUUCUAUGUCGCCUACCUGGGAGACAUUUUAAAGAAACAUCUGAAAUUAAAAACUCUUCCUCGGGUCACCCCCUUUUAUGCAGUCAAAUGCGAUGAUAGCAGAACCAUAGUGAAGACCCUUGCUACCAUUGGGACAGGAUUUGACUGUGCCAGCAAGACCGAGAUACAAUUGGUACAAAGUCUUGGGGUGCCUCCAGAGAGGAUUAUCUGUGCAAAUCCUUGUAAACAAAUGUCUCAGAUUAAGUAUGCUGCCAGUAAUGGAGUCCAGAUGAUGACUUUCGAUAGUGAAGUUGAAUUGAUGAAAGUUGCCAGGGCGCAUCCAAAGGCAAAGUUGGUUUUGCGGAUUGCCACCAAUGGUUCCAAAGCAGUCUGUCGCCUCAGUGUUAAAUUUGGUGCCAUACUCAAAAUCAGCAGGCUUCUUUUGGAAUGGGCAGGAGAGCUAAAUAUUGAUGUCAUUGCUGUCAGCUUCCACGUGGGAAGUGGCUGCACCCAUCCUGAGACCUUUGUGCAAGCUAUCUCUGAUGCCCGCUGUGUCUUUGACAUGGGAGCUGAGGUUGGUUUCAACAUGUAUCUGCUUGACAUCAGUGGUGGCUUUCCUGGAUCUGAGGAUGUAAAGCUUAAAUUUGAAGAGAUCACCAGUGUGAUCAACCCAGCCCUGGACAAGUACUUCCCAGCCGACUCGGGGGUGCAAAUCAUAGUAGAGCCCGGCAGAUACUAUGUUGCCUCAGCCUUCACGCUCACAGUUAACAUCAUUGCCAAAAAACUCAUAUUAAAGGAACAGACAGGCUCUGAUGAUGAAGAUGAGUCAAGUGAACAAACCUUUAUGUGUUACGUGAACGAUGGAGUGUAUGGAUCGUUUAAUUGCAUCCUCUAUGAUCAUGCCCACAUGAAGCCCCUUCUGCAGAAUAGACACAAACCAGAUGAGAAGUACCAUUCAACCAGCAUAUAGGGACCAACGUGUGAUGGCCUGGAUCACAUUGUCCAGGGCUGCGACUUGCCCGAGAUGCACGUGGGCGAUUGGAUGGUCUUUGAAAACAUGGGUGCUUACAUGGUUGCUGCUGCUUCUACUUUCAAUGGGUUCCAGAGGCCGACUAUCUACUAUGUGAUGUCGGGGCCAACAUGGCAACUGAUGCAGCAGAUCCAGAACCACGACUUCCCGGCCGAAGUGGCGGAGCAGGACGUCAGCACCCUGCCUGUGUCCUGUGCCUGGGAGAGCUGGCUGAAGCGCCCCCUGGCCGCCUGUGCCUCCACCAGCAUCAACGUGUAGGUGCCACUCCUGUGGCUGUUACUUUUGAAUUUAGCUUGAAUUGGGGGACUUGGAGGGACCGUUUAACUUAAUUCUUGCUAGUUUUGAAAUGUCUGUAAGUAGGGUUGGCACGGAUGCAACAGUAUGGAAAACUAGGAGAUGGGGUCACUUAUCUGUGUUCCUAUGGAAACUAUUUGAAUAUUUGUUUUAUAUGGAUUUUUAUUCACUUUUCAAACAUGCUACUAAGGCGUGCCCCUCCACUGCUGAGCAAGCGUUUGUCGCUUGAACACUGGCAGAGCGGGCCGGAAGCUUAGAGUUGUGACCUGUUUUAAAAAUAAAGAAUCUUGAAAU